AUGUCCGCCUGGAGGGCCAGGGUCGACCAUGAUGUGACCGUCCGCCAGAUCCAACAGAUCUUGCAGGGGUGGCUGAAACAACAGGAGAGCAAAGACCUCCAGGCCGCACUCGGCCCGGAAGUCUUCCGAGUCCAGCGGGGCCGCGCCUCCCCGCCCGACGUCUUCUCUUCGAAGCAGCCGCUGUGGCUGGAGCUGGUGAAACUGUGCCCUGAGUGCCGCCUCUCGCCUACGAGGACCACCAGUGCCAUUUUGGCAAUGAACGCCGAGGAGGAGUGCCUGUUUGGCGGAAAAAGCUUCCAGACCCAGGCCGACGACAUCGGGGGCGCCAUCAGGGCCACUGUAGCGAAGAUCCGG